AUGGCGUUACGAGAAUUACCGUCGACAUUAUGUCGAUUCUCGAGGAGGGAAAUGAGAUCAACACCAAUAUCGAUAGGGAGAAAUUGUCGCAGAUAUGCUUCUGGUGAAGCCGUUGCCGCAAAAGAGAGUCCAGAAGAUUUCCAGGACCUCGAAUCGCAAUCUUCAUUUGCUUCAACAUCCGUGCCAAAUGAAGUCAUUGAGACUUAUGACCCUGUCAAGAGGGCACAAGGGCGGAAGAGAGAACUUCCUUCCAGUCGAUACCAAUUUCGAUCACCGAGAUACUAUCGAGGUCCCCUCCAUCCUCAUCAACCUCCACCAAAGUCAGAUCCUGCCUCUCGAGAAUUCGUUCCUGGUCCAUUCGGUCCCAAUCGUCUCGAACAAACCUAUAAAUCAACCAUCUCCCACGACAUCAUGACCAUGGCAUAUGUCCAUAAACCACCUGGAACCGUCACAAUUCCCAAAGGCGAUCGUUUACGAACAUGGGACGAUUCAUCACCAUAUCAUAAAGGUAGACCAAAGAGAGGUCCUCGUGGUGGAGAUGUUUUACGUCUCAUCGAACAAGAUAUUACUUGGCGCAACAUUCCUAAGAUUGAAGAAGUCACUGUUCAUUCGAUGGUUAAGGGUGCACUUGGAGAUUCCGCAUAUAUGCAUGUCGCUGGUAUUUUACUACAAUCGAUUACGGGUGUAAGACCAGAAAUUCACAAGUCAACACAUAACGUUGCACAAUUCGGUAUUCGAAAGGGCAUGCCAGUUUCUUUAACUUGUACUAUGAGAAAUAAUGAUGCAUUGGAGUUUCUUGAUAAGUGUAUCAAUGUCGUAUUCCCAAAAAUUAAGGAUUGGCAAGGUGUAAAGGGCUCAACUGGAGAUGGAAGUGGAAACUUGUCGUUUGGUUUCAGCAGAGAAGGAACUAUUUUAUUCCCAGAAGUUCAGGUCAACUAUGAUAUGUAUCCCCCUAGGUUGAUUCCUGGAUUCCACGUCACAGUCAAAACCACCGCAACAUCCGAUCGUCAUGCUAGACUUUUGCUUAGCGCUAUGGGAGUCCCUUUCUACGGAAAGUUGGUUGAUUAA